GCAGUUUGAGCCUCAUGUCGAAACAACAACCUCAAUUUUACCCAGAACAAACCCAAAGCUUUGGCUUCAACCCAUUUUCACGGCAGAAUGAUGUCGACAGCCUCAGCUCUGUCUUGUUCACUCAAGUACCACUUAGCCUUUGGCCUCCGCUUCCCUCAGAACCACGCCCUAUGCCGCCAUAACGGAGCCAGAAUCACAACUUCUCGAAGCUUCGCAGUUACAAUGGCGGCCACUUCCACGACUCCUCUCGAAGUCUGCGUCAAAGCUUCCGUCACCACUCCCAACAAACUCGGCGACUGCCCCUUUUGCCAAAGGGUAUUGCUGACUUUCGAGGAAAAGCAUCUUCCUUAUGACAUGAAGUUGGUAGAUUUGGCAAACAAGCCAGAAUGGUUCUUACAAAUCAGUCCAGAAGGGAAAGUUCCGGUAGCAAAACUUGAGGAGAAGUGGGUUCCUGAUUCUGAUGUCAUUACACAGUCACUGGAAGAAAAGUACCCUGAUCCACCAUUAGUAACCCCGCCGGAAAAAGCAUCAGUCGGCUCGAAGAUUUUCACUACAUUUAUUGGUUUUCUUAAAAGCAAAGACCCCGCUGAUGGAACAGAGCAGUCAUUGCUUAAUGAGCUAAGCUCAUUCAAUGAUUAUAUUAAAGAAAAUGGCCCUUUUAUCAAUGGGGAGAAGAUUUCUGCAGCUGACUUGUCUCUGGGACCUAAGUUAUAUCAUCUUGAGAUUGCUUUGGGGCAUUAUAAGAAAUGGUCUGUUCCAGAUACACUUCCCUAUGUGAAAUUUUACAUGGAGACAAUUUUCUUGAUGGAUUCAUUCGUUAAAACACGCGCAAGCCCUGAUGAUGUAAUUGCUGGUUGGCGUCCAAAAGUAAUGGGUUAAUUCUUUCUGCUAUACAGGUAUAUUAUUUUUAUACAAGUUAUCAGGUAUCUACCCUAUCCCAAAAUUUGAUGUAAUGAGGUAAAAUAUUACAAGAUGUGGUACUCUUCUUGGCAUGCAACUGAGAUCAAAGACUUCAUUUUGUGAUGCUUGUUAUCAGAUGAGAGUACACAUUUAUUUACAGAGAUAGUUAACAUGUAAAACCCCUUCUUAGAGUUAAUAUCUUAUUCCAUGUAAAGCAAUUUAUAUUUUUGUUGCA